UGGAAGACUUUAGACGCCGACACGCUUCGACGCGCCGAGACGCUCAUUUGGCAACAGAGCCAGCGGGCGGCCUUCGAGGAAGAGAUUUUGACGCUCCAGCGAGGGAAACAAAUAUCCCCAGCGAGCCGACUGCGAAACUUGUCCGUAACUUACGCGGACGGGAUAUUGAAAAUAAACGGACGCAUCGGCAACAUCGAGGGAGCUGACGUCAUCACCUCGCCUCUCGUGCUAGACGGAUCCCGACGCGAAACGAGACUGAUGAUAGACUUCAUCCAUAGAAAGAUGCACCACGCCGGAACCGAAGCUACGAUCGCCGAGUGCCGACAGUCGUACUGGGUUUUACGCCUACGCCCAGUGACACGGAGCGUAAUCCACAAUUGUCUCCCGUGUCGUAUCCGCAAGGACACUCCACCGCGUCCAGCCACAGGCGACCACCCACCGAGCAGACUUGCACACCAUCGGCGACCAUUCACAUACGUGGGCCUCGAUUACUUCGGGCCCUAUCAAGUUACCACCGGCAGAAGCACCCAGAAGCACUACGUGGCCAUCUUCACAUGUCUCACUACGCGUGCGGUGCACUUAGAACCGGCAGCGAGCCUCAGCACGGACUCAGCGGUGAUGGCACUCCGGCGCAUGAUCGCGCGCCGGGGAGCCCCGACGGAGAUAUGGAGCGACAACGGCACCAAUUUACGGGGUGCCGACAAGGAGCUGCGCCAAGCUUUGGACAAGGCGACCGAGCAUGAAGCGAGCUUAAGGCUUAUACAAUGGCGCUUCAUCCCACCGGGCGCGCCUUUCAUGGGCGGCGCCUGGGAAAGAAUGGUGCGGGCAGUAAAGACCGCGCUCUCGGCCACGGAGCAGCCGAGGCACCCGACGCCCGAAAUAUUCCACACUCUGCUAGCGGAGGCAGAGUUCACAGUGAACAGCCGACCUCUCACUCACGUAACGGUGAGCGCCGACGAUCCCGACCCUCUAACGCCAAACCACUUCCUGCUAGGAGGCCCGGCGCGAGUCCCCGUGCCGGGCAAGUUUGACGACGCCGACCUCAUAGGGCGCGCACACUGGCGCGCAGCUCAACGUCUGGCAGACGUGUUCUGGAGUCGCUGGCUCCGGGAGUACCUGCCCGACCUGCAGAACCGGCGGGAGCCCCACAGCCGCGGGCCCGCCCUGAAGAUAGGCGCAAGAUAG